AUGGCUUCGGCGUGUUGUGUAUGCCGCGAUAACCACCAAAGUGGUGGCCAAUCGGCUGGUGGGAAACAAAACUUACCACUGAUCUGCUUAGUGCCUCGUGACGACGCGCAAAAUACCAAACAGACGGGUGGCAGUGGCCGACCCCCGCCCUCUGCGGGUCCGAGUCGAGAAGAUUUGAAUGACUUUCAUCUUCUGGACGAUGAAUACAUUAAGAAACACUUCAAGCUGUCGCCAAGACCGCUUUAUCUUGAUCCUUUUAGGCGACCUCUAAUUACGUUCCCUAUGGGUCAAGAAGGAUCCUCGAACUUCAAUUUGGCACGCAAAUAUAAAGUGAACCAACAGAUUCUAGACGGAUUCUUGGACCCAAGCGAAGCCAUUUCUGCACCAAGUGUCUUCCCUUAUGCCAAAUCGGAAACAGAGAACAAAAGCAAACCCAGCCAGGAAGAUGAAGAACUUAUUUAUAUACUCCAGUUGCCAGAUUGGGAAUAUACAUGCCCGGUCCACAACCAAACAGUCAGGACUCCAAGAUUUAUAUGGCACUCCUGCAAGAAACAGAAAGUAACUUCUAAAAGCAGCGAACCGACACAUGGAGGAGGACCUAUGAACAAACCAAAACCUUGGUUGUUGAGUAGACAUACAGAUUUCGAUUUAAUGUCUCAAUGGUAGAAACACGUUGAGGCCUGCUAACUUGUUAAAAUUGAAGUAAAAAUAAAACUAGUCUCGUCACGGA